GUCGUCUGCUUUUUCUUUUCUCCAAAUAGAAGAAUAAGUUUUCUCUCAAAUAGUGUUGACUGCCGAGUCAGUCCUCUUCGGAGAAAACUCCGCAAAUCGAGUUUGUAUCAGCCCAGGAAAUUUUAGUGAUCAAAUCUCCAAAAUAAUAGCGGCUAAAUUCAUGAAAUGGUGGAUCCAGCAUCAGGAUCGCAACAGCAACAACAGCCCCCAACACUUUCGAUCACGGUAGUUCCGCUGAACGUGCUCGACGAUCCACUGGGCAACGCUCAAGAGCUGGACGGCGAUGAAGACGAGGCUGGCGGUGGGCUUUUACUCCAUCCGUUGAGCGAGGCAGCUAUUCGUGAAGCGUCUCAAUCUUUCUACGACGACAUAGUUGAUGACGUGAUCCUAGGCAUCGUCUUCGAGGUCCACCGCGGCGCCAAAUUGGGACUCACUGCUCUCCUCGAAGACGGACUAACAGGUGAUUCACAAUGCGAUUUCGAUGCAGACGAGACUACGCGUUCAUCGACAGGAGGCGGCGGAGAAACAAUGGAUUACGACGCGGCGUCAGAAAUGUUAUCAUCGGUAGCGGUCAAUAGCAAAAAACCGGCUGAAUGCGUCUGUCCGAACUGCCAGCGCAACAUGGCCGCAUCCCGUUUUGCUCCGCAUUUGGAAAAAUGUAUGGGCAUGGGACGGAACAGUUCACGAUUGGCCUCAAGGCGUAUCGCCACUUCGGCCAGCAGACAGGCUGAUUUGGUCAGCGAUGACGACUGUGACGACGACGACUGGACUGCGAGCGGCGCCGGCGAGAGACAGGACCACCGUAUCAUGAGCGGAGAAGGCGGCGGGGUCGGUGGUGGAGGCAAGAACAAACGUCGUCACCACUUGCACAAGAAAGACAAGAACUCGCCGAGGCGCAAGAAGUGGAAGAACAACGGCAAUGGAGACAAUAACCAUAGCAACAGCAACAGCUCAGGUGGUCAUCCGGCCCUAGGUGCUUCAUCGGCGUCUACAGUUCCGGGAGCCGACGGGAGCGAUAGUUUGAAUACUGGAUCAACUGGUGGUAAUACAAUGGAGACGAUGGGGUUGAUGGAACGCCGGACGCUUCUUACCACCAUGUGCGGCGUCAUCUCGGAGCACACGGGCCGGAUGUGUACCCGCUCGCUUCGCUGUCCUCAACACACGGACUCUCAACGGAAAAAUGUUCGUCAAGUCAUAUUGGAGAACCAUUCAGAAACGGAUAGUCAUCUCCUGCCCGGCACUGGGGGCGACAAGGACAAGGAGAUGAUAGACGUCGAUACUUGGGAUGAAGGUGACUCAAUCGCUUCCCUCCUUACUACUCAGAGUCACGACGUACCCACACCCGGCGCCGAGGCCUCGCCUGCCGAAUCCACCUCAACAUCGGCUAGUUCUACUUCCUCGUCAGCUAGACGACGAGAGCAACAACCCAAUGCCACUAACAACAAAGCCAAUAGCAAGAAGAACGCUGGCAAAAAGUUCAAAGGCGAUGCCUGACGGAUGUCUUUAUUUAUUAUUCCCUUUCCCUCUCCCUCUCUUUUUUUUGUGUUUGGUCCCUCUUCUUUUUUUUUUUUUUGUUCGUACCUUAUUCAUUCAUUCCGAUUGAUUUCUCUUUUCCGCCCACUCCUUCCUGUUCUCUCUUCACCACAACCUUGACGUCUCCGCCACUCAAGCCCACAAUCAAAAGGUAUAAAUAUCAAAUGAGAAAAGCCCGACAAUGGGUGUAUGCUUUUUGACCGGGGGGGAUAUAAAAAGAAAAAAACCGACACACA